GUCACAUGAGUCUGAAUUUUCAGCUCAGUUCAUUAGUCAGCCAUUUUGGUCAACACCCUGCUUACUGCGCACAACCAAUCCUAUUAUCACUCGCUGGCUUGGCUCAUUUGAAGUGGGGAGAGAGAAAGAAAGAGACACGGUGGUAGAUUUCACCAGUUCUGGAUAGUGCUUCUUCGAUAUAUUUCAUCAUAUUUGAGGCUUUCCCCCCAAAAGAAGCUUUUUUUAAGGAAACAGCAAAAAGAGCUAUUUUUUCUGAUGCAGAGGCCACACUUGCAAUGGUUAUUCAGAAUUAACUGCUUCUAGUCGGUUUGAAGAAAGGAGAGUGUAUUGCGGAAGAAGACAGAGGAAGAGAUUACAGAAGAGAAGGGGUAUAUACCCCUCUCUUGCAUCCUGUGCCUUGCUUUUCUCCAGAACCAGCGCAGUCUUGUGAUCCUGAGCAAAUCUCUACUGAUCGAGCACUGGUAUUCUUCCUUUUCAGAAGGAUUUUUCCAUUUUAGUUUUUUAAAAUUUGGAUUUUAUUGUUGUACCAGCUGAGUCAUCAUGUCUGCUCUGACGCCUCCAAGCGAUAUGCCAACCCCUACCACAGACAAGAUCACACAGGCUGCCAUGGAGACAAUAUAUCUUUGCAAAUUUCGUGUAUCUAUGGAUGGAGAGUGGCUCUGUUUACGAGAACUGGAUGACAUCUCUCUUACACCUGACCCUGAGCCUACCCAUGAAGACUCUUGGGAGGAUUUGACAGAUUUGGUGGAGCAAUUGCGCGAUGAUACAGAAGAUCCCAACUAUCUCAUGGCUAAUGAACGCAUGAACCUGAUGAAUAUGGCUAAACUGAGUAUAAAGGGCUUGAUUGAAUCUGCUCUCAAUCUUGGGAGAACACUAGACUCUGACUAUGCACCUCUUCAGCAGUUUUUUGUAGUGAUGGAGCACUGCCUUAAGCAUGGCUUAAAAGCCAAGAAGACUUUUCUAGGCCAAAACAAGUCAUUCUGGGGACCUCUGGAGUUGGUAGAGAAGUUUGUCCCUGAAGCUGCAGAAAUCACAGCAAGUGUUAAAGACCUGCCAGGGCUGAGGACACCUGUGGGCAGAGGAAGAGCUUGGCUUCGCUUAGCACUCAUGCAAAAGAAACUUUCAGAGUACAUGAAGGCCUUGAUAAACAGAAGGGAAAUUCUCAGUGAAUUUUAUGAACCUAAUGCACUCAUGAUGGAGGAAGAAGGUGCCAUAAUUGCAGGUCUUCUAGUGGGCUUGAAUGUCAUUGAUGCAAAUUUCUGCAUGAAGGGUGAAGACUUGGACUCACAGGUUGGAGUCAUUGAUUUUUCAAUGUACUUAAAGGAUGGGAACAGCAGUAAAGGUAGUGAAGGAGAUGGUCAAAUUACAGCAAUUCUGGACCAGAAGAAUUAUGUAGAAGAGCUCAAUAGACAUUUAAGUGCCACAGUCAACAAUCUGCAGGCAAAGGUUGAUGCUUUAGAAAAAUCCAACACAAAACUUACUGAGGAGCUCGCUGUUGCAAAUAAUAGAAUUAUAACACUGCAAGAAGACAUGGAGCGAGUGAAAGAAGAAAGUUCUUUUAUUUUGGAAUCAAACAGAAAGCAAGCACCUAAGCAAGAUAGAACUUCAGAUGGACAGGCCCUUAGUGAAGCACGGAAACAGUUGAAGGAGGAAACACAGCUGCGGUUGGAUGUGGAAAAAGAACUUGAAGUGCAAAUUGGAAUGAGACAAGAGAUGGAACUAGCCAUGAAGAUGCUGGAAAAAGAUGUUUGUGAGAAGCAAGAUGCACUGGUGGCACUCAGGCAGCAGCUGGAUGAUCUCAGGGCCCUAAAACUUGAACUUUCUUUCAAGCUACAGAGUUCAGACCUGGGAGUGAAACAGAAGAGCGAACUGAAUAGCCGCUUGGAGGAGAAGACAAAUCAGAUGGCUGCUACCAUUAAACUUCUUGAACAAAGUGAAAAGGAUUUGGUGAAACAGGCAAAAACCUUAAAUAGUGCAGCAAAUAGACUGAUUCAGAAGCCCCAUUAGGCUUUUUAAAAAGAAAAUGGUUGCAGCUGGUCACCUCACAACUCUGACAUCUCUGCUCAGUUAUGAGGGGAAAGCAAAAGGAGGUGGUUGAGAAUGUUGAUGUCAGGCUUAAAUAUUGUCACCCAAAGUUGACUUGGAAUUUGGUGGAUUUUUAAGUAAAAAAUGUUUUUGUUUGGAGGUAGAAAAAAAAUAACCCGUAACAUUCCUUUUUCCCUGUUAUUUCUUGUUUAAAUUUGACUAAACUGCAAAGUAUUCCAGAAAAUCAUAUGUACCACUAGAUUUGUGGCUCUGUGUGUACAAUUGGUACAAAAAUGUAUAACCUUGAAGGGAUGUUGGGGGAAAUGAGAACCUUCCCCAGCCCCAUGUGCAAAUUCAUGGAAAAUGAAGUUACUUCCCUUUGUUUGCCUUCUUGUUGUGUCAUAGAUGAAAACACAUAAAACAAACACAGAGGUUAAGAGCUGACAGUGACACAUUAUUCUGUGGCUUUUUUUUGUUCCAUGGGAUAUUAACCAGGACAAGCACACAACGAAGUUUAAGAAAUUGCCAUUGCAAUGGUGUAGCCCUUGUUAAGCGGAGGCUUGUCUGCACUACAUAGUUUUCCAACUGAGAUUUAUCACAAACACAGAUACAUCGUAAUUGUGUCUGAUUCAAGGACUGCACAACCCCUGACUCCAGGGAUGUGCCAGUUCCCAGGGACCAUGAUUAAAACUACUGAUUUCAAGUUAGAAUGAGUUAUAUGUACUCCUUUACACUUUUCACCUUCUUCCAAUUGCAUGGGAAUGCAACAACGUCAUUAUUCCACUCUUUCUUCCAAUACUCUUUUUUUAAACUGACCUUCCCUUUCAUCUCAUAGCAACUGUAUUGUUUUGGUGUAAUACACUAUGCAUGGAUCUAAGACACAUCCAGAGCAGCAUAGAGGUAACAUAAUGCAAAUAGUCGCAACCAAAUCACUGGAAAACAUAACUGGAAAGUUUUGCAGUGAAAGGACAAACUUCAUAGUAAGCCAGUGCCAGCUCUUUUGCAUUAAGGAAAAACAAUUUGUUCCUGACAGGUGAUAUGGACACACAAUCCAGUUAGUAGCUGUUAAACGGCAAACCCUUCGUUAUCUUUACAUUGCCUUCUACCUCUGCCUUUAUUUUCAUAAAAAGAAAAAGUGGUUCUUUCUGAAGAACUUCAGUGAUAGGUAUGGGUUUCCCUCUGUUCCAGUUUUAAAUACAAGUUGGAGUUCUGUAUUUUACAAAACAGUUCGUUGUUGUUAGCUUUUUAAAACGAGGGAUACGUGGGACUGAGAGUGAUGUACUGCUGGUCAGUCGCUGACACAAAGCAUCCACAACAUACAACGACUUGGGUGUUCUUUGAAGUUGCCUUUGCGCUUGUUAAUAUUUGAGUCUUAAGUCCUUGGUUCAGGCAGGAGACCUGCUUAAGAGUUGUAGUGAGAAAUGAAUUAAAACCCAUGAAGUCUAGGCAAAGCCUUUCUGCAACUCAAAACAAAACUGCUUUUCUAUUUAGGAUGAAAUAUUAGGGGUUUCUUUGCUGUGGCUGCCAGAGUUCACAGCGCUAUCCUUGCAACAGAUUUUAGUGUGUAGAUAGUCAUUUUGAGUUCUUGUCAGGAUACCCAAACUAAGCGGUUUCCCUCUUUCUUCAAUUUAGGCUGUCCUUUUUCCCAUUUCCUCCCAAAUACUCCACUUGCUUUGUGUUUAAACUAAAUGGGGAAUGGAGAGAAAAAUGCCUGUAAUAAAGAUGGGCAAACACCUACUGCUGCUACUAAAAUCUGUAGGGCUGAGUUUAACUCUCUUAUCAGUUGUAAACCUAGUUUUGACUGAACAGCAAGAUCCUUGGUUUGAUUUUUAAAAAGAACGCUGAAGGUUUGCACUUUGGGGCGCAUGUUUCUAAACAUAUCCACUUUAUUUGUUGCUGAGCGAGGUUACAACUGGCUUCAUUGAAAUGACCAAAUAGAAUAUUGUUAAGAUUGUUACAAGACCUCCUCCUGGCAUUAGAAUUAAACUUUUCAGAUGACCAAAAUCUAUUUUGUAAGAUCAGUGCACACAUCUGGUUGAGAAUCAUGCUUCGUUUCCACCGGGUUACAGGAGAGCAUGUCACUGGCAAACACUUGGGAAGAAGUUUCCCUUCCCAAAUAAGCUGCUUUGAAAACAUAACCUGUAAUCCCAUUUAUUUGAAACAUACUUGAAGUCAGGCUUUGAAAAACACAUUAUCACCUGUGAGAAAUCAGAUUCUUAACAGUGGGAUAUGAAGAAUCCUCAUUUCAGUGAGAAAGAGCAGAUCUUAUAAAUGGAAACAGUCCAAAUUCUUCCUAUCUCCACCUUGGAAAAAAUUGGAUCAGAUCUGGUUGGAGAAGAAGAAUUGCUGUUUUGCUGGUGGUCUUGGACUGGAGGUUUGGUACCAGUGGUCCUCCUCUUCCCCAGAACUUUGAUUUGGAUUCGUACAAUAUAGCCUGAGAAGGAAAGGAGUAGUUUGGACAUCCAAUUAGGCAUCUGGUACAAUUCUCCAUGUUUUUUGAGACAUUGAGAGACAUUGGUAUUGGUUUUGAAGGAAAGUGAUAGCCCCAUAGCAGUAGUUUUCAACCUGUGGGUCCCCAGGUGUUUUGGCCUACAACUCCCAGAAACCCCAUCAAGUUUACCAACUGCUAGGAAUUCUGGGAGUCGAAGGACAAAACACCUGGGGACUCACAGGUUGAGAACCACUUCUGGCCCAGUCUAGUUAAGAGCAUGUCACGUACCUGACUGAGUAUUGAAGCAACCUCAAUGUGGCAUUUUAGUCAGGUGUAGAUACCUUCAGGUUUUUGCUGAGAACGUUCUUCUACCUGCUCACUCUCCAGUUAAGCCAUCGUGGUGCUCAUUUGUCACAUGGCUAGUGAACACACCUGUAAUCCCAAACCAAUCCCUCUAUAGUUAAGGUAUGCUCCCAUCUUGGUUCCCCUUGCAGCUAUUCCUCAAGUAUCCUGGGAAGCUGAAAUCUUUAUCCAUGACUUUGUAUUUGAUCUGAAGCCCUGUGUGCUUAAUGAUGUAACAGUUGUGGAAAGAGACCAAACAAAUGCACUAAUUCCUUAAUAUAGUAGGUACCCCCCAUGAUGCAAGUUCCAGUUACUUGUAUAAAGCUGCAGUGUAACGUAAAUUUAAAAAGAAAACCUUACCAAUACUGUGUACCUGAGAUUUGCUUUGACUAUGGAUAACAGUGAUGUUUUAUGUUUAUCAUCUAAUGACUGUAAACUGUAGUAAUAGAACAAUAAAACGUUGAAAUUAGAA